AUGGGUCGUGAAAGAAUAUCUAUGGAACUGAUUCCAAACUCGAAAUCAAGAAAGACAACAUUUGAGAAGAGAAAGAAUGGCUUAAUGAAAAAAGUGAGUGAACUUUCCAUUCUUUGCGACGUUGAUGUCUGCGUGAUUCUCUAUGCACCAAACUUUGAAGGUGAAGGAUUUGCAGAACCUGAAACAUGGCCUAAAGACACAAACCAGGUACGAAGAAUUCUUCAAAAAUACUAUAACACAGCAAUUGAUAGACGUCCUAAGGUCUAUAGUGUUCAAGAGUAUUUCAAAGAAAGGUUGAAGAAAGUCGAGUUUGAGAUUUCCAAAGUGCGAAAACAAAGGCUAAAGAUCAUGCAUCGGAGUUGUAAUCAAGAUUAUGAUUCUCUUAGAGGGAAUGAAUUGAAGUUACUUAUUACCACAUUGGAUUCUAGGUUUGCUUCUUGCUGUCAAAAGAUGGAUAUGCUUAAAGGAAAAGCGAUUGUGGAGUCACAACCUAGUACUUCUUAUUUGAUCUCAAAUCCAAGUAGUUACUUGAAUCCUUUUGAAAGCAAAAACAGCAUGCCUCAAGCACAAAUUUAUCCUCCUUUGAUGAAUGUAAGUGAUAAAACUCCAACGUUUUGGUCACAACCUUCUUCGAUUAUUCCAAGUGCACAAGCUUCCUGCCAGCCUCUUCAAUUAGGACAAAGUUCACAACCUUCUUCGAUUAUUUCAAGUGCACAAGACUUUUAUCAGACUCUUCAAUUAGGACAAAGUGUUGAACCUUUUUCGAUGAUUCCAUGUGCACAAGACUUUUAUCAGACACUUCAAUUAGGACAAUGCUCUCAACCUACUUCGAGUGCACAAGACUUUUAUCCAUCACUUCAAUUAGGACAAAGUGUUGAACCUUUGUCGAUGAUUCCAUGUGCACAAGAGUCCUAUCAGCCACUUCAAUUAGGACAAAGUGUUGAACCUUUGUCGAUGAUUCCUUUGUCGAUGAUUCCAUGUGCACAAGCUUCUUAUCCCUAUGAACAUAUUGGUGCUAAUAUCACCUAUGAUCAUACUAAAGACAAUUAUGGAGCUGGUCAAAACUUGUCACCAUACUAUUAUUACAAAGGGAACACAUCAAUGCAAUCAUAUCCUCCUGUUAAUAUGCAAACUCUUCCUUUCCAGAAUAUUCCAAAUCUACAAGAAUAUGGAUUUCAGCAUUAUGGAAUCACUGAUAUGGAUGUUCUUCAAGCUGAUAUGUUCAACAACAUGGAUGAAAGGAAUUAG